AUGGCCAAAUGUGGAGUGGUGGGGUCGGAGGAGAAAGCGUUUAGAGGCAGGAUGUCGGCGUCUCAGGGGGCGAGCGGCAGCGGCGUCUACAACUACUUCCUCAACAUGGUGGCCUAUCAGAUCUGCUGCUGCUGUGGUCCAGCUCCCUGUUCGCUCUGCUGUGCCUUCUGUCCUCCCGUCAAGUCGUCCACCAGCACCCGGGUCAUGUACACCCUCUUCCAUAUCCUGAGCUGCGCCGUCUCCUGCCUCAUGUUGUCCCGCACCGUCUCUGAGCUCGUCAGGGAAAACGUGCCUUUCUUCAACAUGGUGUGUGACCAGGCGCACGGUGGAGGUCACUGUGAGAUGUUGGUCGGCUACUCCGCUGUCUACAGAGUCUGCUUCGGCACUUCCUGCUUCUACCUGAUGAUGGCGCUCUUCCUCAUAGAUGUAAAGUCCAGUCAGGACUUCAGAGCGAUGAUACACAACGGCUUCUGGUUCUUGAAGUUCAUCACCCUCCUCGGGACGUGCACGGCCGCCUUCUUCAUCCCGACAGAGUCCUUCCUGCACGCCUGGCAUUAUGUGGGUGUGGUCGGAGGAUUCGCCUUCAUCCUCAUCCAACUCAUCCUCAUCACAGCUUUUGCACACACAUGGAACAAGAACUGGUUGACGGGAGCAGCAGAAAACAAACGCUGGUACCUGGCGGUGAUGUGCGCCACGCUCUUCUUCUACACCGUCGCCACCAUGGCCUUCACCUUCAUGUUCAAGUACUACACACACCCCAUCGCCUGCCACUUCAACAAGGUCCUGCUGUGGAUCAACCUGGGGCUCUGCGGCCUCAUGUCCUUCAUCGCUGUCACUCCGUGUGUGAAGCAGAAGCAGCCGCGGUCGGGUCUCCUCCAGGCCUCCAUCAUCAGCUGCUACGUCAUGUACCUCACCUUCUCCGCCCUGUCCAGCCGUCCCCCAGAGAGAGUCGUGUAUCAGGGCGUGAACAUGACCGUCUGUUACCCCAGCGUGGGACAAGAUGGCGUCCAGAACGAAGGCAACGCGGUCGCCAUCAUCGGAGCGGCCAUCAUGUACUGCUGCGUCCUCUUCGCCUGUAAUGAAGCUUCGUACCUGGCUGAGGUGUUCGGUCCGUUUUGGAUGAUUAAAGUUUAUCGUUACGAGUUCCAGAAAGCAACGUGCUGCUUCUGCUGCCCUGAGGAAGAGGAAGCUGAGGAUGAGUUUGUGAUUGACGACGAGGACAAAGGUUGUCAGAAGGUCAUUCACAACGAGACGCAGCGAGUGGCCUACAGCUACUUCUUCUUCCAUUUUGUCUUCUUCUUGGCUUCGCUCUACGUGAUGAUGACGCUGACCAACUGGUUCAGCUACGAGUCGGCGGUGCUGGAGACGACCUUCACCCACGGCAGCUGGUCGACCUUCUGGGUGAAGAUGUCCUCGUGCUGGGCCUGUGUCCUCCUCUACCUCUGGCUGCUGCUGGGCCCUCUGUGCAGCUGUCAGUCCGAAUCCCGACCGCGACGCUCACGGAUCAAACGACGCUCGGCAUCGUCCCGGCACGUCACCGUCAGCGUCUGA